AUGUUUAAUAUAGGUUUAUUAAUGGAUGCAGGAGCUCGUGUUCAUGUAAUGCUUUAUAAGGAAAUGCCAUUUGCUUUAGCUUUAAAUAGUUUAUAUACAGAAACAAAAUUAGUUUCUAAAAGUACAAAAGUUAUUCGACAUCCAGGUCAUAAUACUAAAGAUUGCUUAGUUUCGUGGUUUCAUCAUGAGAAAAUGGUUGUUAUCCACCAAAAGACUGCUUUCAUUGGUGGAAUUGAUUUAUGUUAUGGUCGUUGGGAUGAUGAAUUUAUGCGAUGA